CAGGAACUGAAAAACAUAUACAACAAAGAUGGCGGCCACCAGCGAGGCUGUGGUGAAUCCAGCACACGUGGAAAAAACGAAGAAGGCCCCUGCUCGAUACUGGGAUGAGCCGCAGGAGGGGAAGGAUGAAAACAAAGUUGGAAAAGAUGGAGAACAGACUGAAGAGACUCUGCCACAGAAACACGUCGAGAAAGCAAAGAAAAGAAAGAACGAUGAGGAUCGAGGAGAUGCAAAGAAGUUCAUCUCAGGGAAACCUGACCCUUUCCCUGGGCCUGCACACAUUUCUAAAGACAGGAUGCAGAAGUUCAAGAGAAGAGAUAAAACUAAGAAGAUUCCCCGGCAGCAUUACAAGCUGAAAGACAUGAUGGCUCGCUCUGAUGAAGUUUCAGAAAUGGCCCAGAAACAAGCUGCUCGGAUUGACCUCCUACUCCCAGAGGAUGCUGGGUUUCUAGAAGGAGAUGAAGAUGAGGACACGUGCACAAUCUCUCAGGAAGAUAUUUCAGAUGCUGUGGAUAUAACCUCUGCAUCAAAGUAUUUUGAUCUGAAACUGUCUCAGUUUGGACCAUAUCGACUGGAUUACAGCAGGACUGGACGACAUCUGCUGCUCGGUGGAAGGAGAGGCCAUAUUGCUUGUAUAGACUGGCAGACCAAACAGCUAAUGUGUGAGAUAAACGUGAUGGAGUCCAUCAAUGAUGUAAAGUGGCUCCACAGUGAGGCCAUGUAUGCGGUGGCUCAGAAGAAGUGGCUGUAUAUCUACGACUCCAAUGGCAUCGAGCUCCACUGCAUCCGCAAAUUUAACGACGUCCUUCGAAUGCAGUUCCUCCCAUACCACUUUUUGCUAGCAACAGUGAGUGCCACAAGCUUCCUGCAGUACCUGGAUGUGUCUGUUGGAAAGGAAGUGGCAGCCAUCAACACCAAGACUGGUCGGCUGGACGUGAUGUGCCAGAACCCUCAAAAUGCCAUCGUCCACCUCGGCCACUCCAACGGCACCGUCACCCUGUGGUCGCCCAAUCAGAAAGAAGCUCUCGUCAAGAUGCUCUGUCACCAGGGGGCCGUGCGCUCUGUGGCUGUAGACAAGACGGGCACAUACAUGGUGACAUCUGGUAUGGAUAAAAAGCUGAAGGUAUACGACAUUAGAGCCUUCAAGCCCCUCAAGUCCUACUUCCUUCCUGCUGGAGCGUCCUGUCUGUCCCUGAGCCAGAGGGGGCUGCUGUCGGCUGCCACUGGGGACAUUGUUCAGGUGUACAGAGACGUGUGGAGCACUCCAGUCACUAAACCCUACAUGGCUCACAGAGUUCAAAGAACAGUUUGGGGGAUGCAAUUCUGUCCAUUUGAGGAUGUCCUCGGGGUGGGGCACGGAGAGGGUUUCACCAGCAUGCUCAUACCAGGUGCUGGAGAGCCCAACUUCGACGGUCUGGAUUCAAAUCCAUAUCGCAGUGCUAAGCAGAGGCAGGAAUGGGAGGUUAAGGCCCUGCUGGAGAAGAUCCACCCAGAGCUCAUCACCCUCGACCCCACUGAGCUGGGACAGGUGGACCAAGCCACCUUCCAGCAGAAGCACCAAGACAGGGUCCAAGCUCUGGGCUUUGAUCCACUUGCCAAAGAAAAGUUUAUUCCCAGGUAUAAGAAGAAGGGUCGUAGUUCUGCCGGCAGUAUUGAAAGGCGCAAGAGACAAGUGGCUAAUGAGGACCUGAGGGAGACAGUACAGCAAUCUUCAGAGGACAAAAUGAAGAUUGAAAAAGAGAGAAAGGAGAGGGAGAAGAAGGAGGUGUUGUUAUCGAGCAAGAAAUCUGCUCUGGACAGAUUCAAAAAAUAAAAAAGGCGGAUCCUUUGUGCAGCCCAAAACCCAGUGACAUUCUGUGGGCGUGACCUUUGAACUUCACAUAAAGGACAAAUUGUAUUGUACACAUUACUCCACCGUGGGAACAGAACACGAGCUGUAGAAAUUCUGGAGGCAGUCAGCUUAAUAAAGACAAAUUCUGUUGGAUGGCACAUCAUCAGUAAUCAAUGUUGAGCACAGUGAAAGGGUAGUUCUAUUUAGUGUCUGUAGCCUGAAGCACUUCCUGUCUCCAUGGCUGGAUAAUGUGAGGUGCCAUGACUAGCAUGGGUGUCAGCAAGAAUUUGUGUCAAGUUGUAUACUUCCCCUCCUGAUUAACACAUUUUUCACAAAUGUUUGACCUUCAUUGCUUUGAAGGCUGAACUGUAUGAGCGUUUGUCAAAUGUUUUAUAUAAAUAUGUUUUAAAAAAUAAACAUGAUGCCAAGCCUCUAAAUUCA